AUGGUAUCUGUUCCUAUAAAAGUUCUUAUAGAGCUAUUUAAAAAGUCAACAGCUCAAAUUAGUGAUGAAAAUCCAAGUGAAUUCACAUCGGCUAGUCCAACAUUUUUCAUCUGGGGACUUGUAUAUACUUGGCAGUUAGUGUUUCUUGUAUAUUCCAUCGUAAAUAUAUGGCGAAAAACUGAUGAUGCCUUUCUUUAUAUUCAUCCAUAUACUUUACAUGCGGCUAUUUUUAUUCUUUUUAUUGUUAAUAUGCUUUUAAAUUCUUUUUCGUUAAUUCUAUGGGAUAGAUUUCAAUUUGGACUUCCAGCUUCCGUUAUUUAUGUAAUGUUAGCUACGAUUGUUGGUACUUGCGUACUGGAUCAUAUUUUUCUAUGGCAACAACGAUGGAAUUUUAUUCAAUUGAAUAUAUCGGGUGAUAUUUGGGCAAUGUGUUUCGUUGCAUUGAAUGGUCAUGCAGCUUAUUCAGCUUGGUUACUUGUUGCUGCAUCACUGAAUCUCACUAUUUGGCUGAAAAGAAAAUUGCCGAUGAAUUUUGAAGGUUGGGCAGCAACGUUCUCUCUGACUUUACUGUCUAUUGGAUUCUUGAAAAUUUUAUAUUUCCAUCUCAAAUGGCUUAUACUUGGUCUCCAUGGUUAA